UCGUGUUUUGUAAAUGUUAGUCAUUUAUUCACAAAAAUAGCUUAGAAAUUUAUUGCUAACUUUUUUUAUAUAUUUGUAGAUUGUUUACUACGCCAAAUGUUUACAAAAACCCUUACAUUAUGCAAAUAAUAAACUGUCGACUAGUACUUGCCAAUAUGUAAAAAAAUAUGAGAAGUUUGAUAGUUAGAACAAGUUGAUAAGGUUAACAUUAUAAAAUGGCUGUUUGUGGUCUUAGGACGCUUCUAUUAAUCGUCUGUAUCUUGGAGUUGAUUGUGACAGUACAACGUCAGGUCUUUGAUUUUCUGGGUUACAUGUGGUUACCUAUUAUAAGUAAUUUUAUAAAUAUUCUUCUUAUCAUAUUUGGGUCUUUUGGAGCUGUGCAGUAUGUGACCACAUAUCUUGUUGCUUAUGCCCUGUGGAGCUUAUUGUGGUUGACAUGGAAUAUUUUUCUAAUUUGUUUUUAUCUUAAUGUUGGAACUCUUAACAGGGAAGGUGGUUUGUUAUCACUUGGCACUGGAAGUGUUAGCUGGUGGGAGAGUAAUGGUUGGGGGUGUCAACCCAUGUGGGGAGAGGUUGAUGGGCCAGGGUCGUGGAGACCGGCCAAAGUGGAUGGCUGCUUUUUACCCUGGCACCACAUUGAACUAGCACAGUCUUCAAUUGCUGCAAUACUUACGGCGACAGCCUUGCCCCUUACUAUAUUACUUGCUUUUAGGUCUUUUAAGAGACAUAAACCAUCUCCAGAUAAAGGAACCUUACAAAGGCGCCAGGUUUACACAAUAGAGUUAAGUCCCACUGAAACAAAUAUAAGCGAGAGCUCCCUCAAACCCAUGACUCCACGCCGUGUGAAACGACGUUCUCGCAGAUCUUAUAGAAACGCUGGCUAUAUAGCUUCAAAUGCAUCAUUGCCGGUCGAUUCUAGAACAUCGCGACCGACUUCCGCCCAUUCCUCUUACUCAAAUUUUCAUGCAGCACGGCCAAAUUCCUAUCACCCGCCAGAUAGCUCCCAAGAUACAUAUGAAUUGCCACCUCCACCAGUGGAGUCAAUACCAAUAAUGACUAACAGAUAUGAAACUGUGAGGAGAAGUAAGGCUAAACGAGGGCAGGAUGUCGUUGGGCCAUACAAAGAGCCAAAUAGAUAUGAGCCGCCACUGAACUACGAUAACAAUAUGCCGUAUGAGGUCAAUCGGGGAUAUGAAGCACAAAACUAUGAAAACAGGGAAAUGUCUCCAAAUGAGGGUUUAUAUGUGGGUAGUGGUUAUGGAGGUGGCUAUGUGAGCGAAGGAGCUUGGGAGGCACCUCCUCCCCCAGCUCCGCCUUACUCAGCCAGAGCCACCCCACAGGCGCCAGGGCCGCCAGCAUACCAGCCCAUUAAUGAUCCUUGUGAUGAAUGUAACACUCACUUAUCCUAGAAUCAGAUAAGCCAUAGAAUGCCAUUUCAAAAUGACUCAGACCGCGUCGCUAAAUUGCCAUUUGUCUUUACAAUCCAAUACCAAAAUAUGUAUGUCUUAAACAAAAGUAAAUGACAAAGUGAUUUUUUUGCAGUUGUGUGAAUAUAGAUUGUUUAAAAAAUAUUAGUGAAUUGUUAAAUUUGGAUUGCUUUGAUUUAACUUUUGAGUGUUAAUGUUAAUCUUAUAUUUGGCAACAAACCCGUAUUAUAGUAACUUUAGGCCUUUCAAUAAGUGUGAGCCAGUGCCUAACAAAUUCUGUUUAAUGUCUUUUACUAAUAGGUUAAUGGUCACAUAAACAGUAGCGUUUAUUAGCAAUGUCUAGAGGUCUAGUGGCGCUCACCUUGCAGCUCAAUGAAGUAUGAUAUUUUUAUUACAGUAGUAGUUAGAUUGUUAUACAUUAGUUAGGACGUCACUGUUAUCUGCCUUUCGUACUUAAGUCAUUGUUGUUGUAUAAAAUACAUUUUAUUGUUAGGCGAAACGAUUUUUUAAUGACGUUUAUAUAAGACAACGAAUCUCUUUAGAACUAUUUUUCUAUGUUUUUACUUACAUUCCAUAAGCACAAACUUUGUCCGUCCAUGUAAUAAAAAGGAAUUUAACUAAAAUAAAUUUAAGUUUAAUGGUACCUGUAUGACAAUGCAUUUCCUUGUUAGCAAUAUAUUGUUCUACAAUUGAUAUACAAAAUGAGCUUUAUUAGUAUAAGAUUUUUUACUUUUAAGUGAAACAUUUGGAAAAUUUAUACCAAAUAUACAUGAAAUGACACUAGUUUAUUUUAUUUAACUUAUGGUGUGGAAUGAAAAAUAAAACAAAAAUGAGCAU